AUGGCGUUGUCGACAGAGCAGAACCAGAUGAGAUUCUUAGCCAUCGUGCUCCCUUCCCUCACUCUCUGCACGCAUACAUUACUCGCGCUGUCCUUCUUACUACCCGGCUCCGACCUCGACCGCGCAUCUUUCUCCAUCUCAUACAAUGUACUUGCCGGCAGCGCAAGCAUAUUGGGCCUCCUAGGCGCCGUAAGGUUAUUACCAAGCCUCGUGUCAGCUUACACAAUCAUCCACGCGACCACGUUGUCCUUUGUAACCAUCGCUCUCGUAAACCUGGUUCUUCCCUUCGACUUCCGGUUGCUAAAUCCGGUAAUUCCGAGCUACGCCGUCGACGGAUCGUCGAUAUGCCGCGACAUUGAUGCCGGUUUUGGAUGGGACGAUGAGUGGUUGGAAAAGUGCUCGACAACGUUUGCUGUUGUCAAGUUUGGGGGCGCCUGUGUGGGGUUGGUUUUGAUGAUCGCCCAAUGGUGGGCUUUGUUCAGCGUGCGGAGAUGGGGACAAGAGUUGGGAUGCCAAUGGGAGACUAAAGAGAUGGAUGUGGAGAAAGCUAGCCUUGUACAAGAGGAGGAUGACAUGAUCUAUGACGAAAAGACUGGAUUCUAA